UAAACGCUUUGCUCAUAGUUAGAUUGUAAACUAAAUAACAAAUAAUUCAAAUGGUCAAUGAUUUAAUGAUACCAAAAGCCUAAUUGGGGAAAUGGAUACAUGUUGUUUAAGAAAGUGAAAGUCGGUCAUUGUGGAGAUUUGAGCAAACAAAGGGAACCGUGUUUUCCGCUGUCGUAUGUGCGUACAUACAUAUUUCGUUUGUGUACACAUCUCGGCUUUAGAACAAUCGAUUCAGAAAUAUAUGGAACAAGUUUGAAGCUAAUGACAAUGUCCACAUAAUACUAUGCAAAUAGUACGUUUUGGUGUUUUUAGUAGUCAACAACAAAUGGUGGAAAAUUAUUGUAUCAUAGUUCAUGCCCAACGACUUACUUCGAUACAAUUGCAUAUACAUAUGCUAAGAUGUGUACUUAUGUACUAUAUGUAUAUAUGUAAAAUGUGCAUACAAAAAGGAAAUUACCUUCAUUCAGCAAAUUGAAACUUAUACAUAUACGAAAAGCAUAAUCGCAAAAACAAAUUCUGUUGAACCAAAUUUGUUCACAAUCGAGGAAAUAACAAUAAUGAUUUCAAGAGGAUUAUUCAAAUGUUAUUAUUAAAUAAUACUGAUAAGAAUAUCAAAUUUACAAUCGUUUAAUGAUUUGAAACCACCGCAAAAACCAUCCAACGUAGAAUGAAAACGAAAAACAAAAUACAAACAACCGUCCAAAUAAGUAAACUACUAUUGAAGAGGAGAAUUAAAAAAUUUUGAAUGGGAUUUUAAACACUGUUCACAGUCCUUGGAAUUUACAUUACGACUAAAAAUAUAUAUACAACUCUCAGCAACUUUAUUAUGGUUAUAAAUUGGAAUUGAAAGUUAAACAACACAACUUUUACUAUCGCAUUGCAACAUUUGAAAUAUAAAUACGAAAGUAAAAAAAAAAUUAAAAUAGUAUACAUUCAGCGAAUUUUGGGCACUCAUCAAACCUAUCACAAAUGUCGACAGUGGAUUUAAAUGGGUCUAUAUCUAUUAUGGAAUAUCGUCAACGUCAGCACGUGGUGCAGGCCGGUGUUGCGCCAUUUCCAGGCGCUCCUACUGGCUACCCAUCAAGCGGUGCACAGGUAGGCGUUGCCAAUCCUGACAAUCUAUCUAUGGGAGUUGCGGCCAUCAAAGCUGACCAGGUGUCACAAAUGAAGACUGAGAGUGGAGCGCAGAUCUCAGGAAGUACAAAUGCAGCCGCGUCAACCUCUGGUGUGCAGCUUUACAUGCAACAGAAGAAAACAAAUCUGCCAACGGUGACAUCGCAGUUCAACGGCUGCAAUGUUUCCAUCACAUCACCUUCAACAGUAACGACGACGCCAGAGGUAGUUAUGAAUUCGCCUUUGUUAAGCGGUAUUCCGGCGCAACAGCAUAAUGGCGGACUUGGGAUUGCGCUUAGCAAUGGAUUGUCGCCCGUCCUUAAUGGUUACGAAAACAAUCACCAACAGAUGCAACAGCAGCAAUUGAAAUUGCUACAUCACCGAUCUGGUAUCCACCAUGCGCACCAACAACCACAGUCGCAAACGCAGUCACAACCAUCGGCGCCAACGUCGACGCCAACGACAACAUUGACGAUUACGUCAUCACAACCGCCACCGCAAAGUAUUGUUCUAUCUUCAGUAUUGAUCCAAAAUGAUCCUGAGCUGAAUGUUACUCAGCAACAAAUGCAACAACAACAACAAUGCAAUGCAAAUAGCUCCAGUGGAGGGUCCGGUAGUGGAAACAGCACUAUUACGUCGAUUUCCAACAAUUCUGGAACAGUAGGAUCUACAGUCACAGCCACGACUAGCAACAGUAUAAAUAGUUGCAUAAGUAAUCAGAACCAACCUGUAAACGGAAACAGUGUAGCCAGUGGAGUAGUCUCGUCAGGGGAUAUAGCCACUACCGCGAAUGGCGCCUCCACAUCCUCACCCACCAUCACACCUGGAAACUCAGAUGAUUUGCUAGGAAGCACCCACCAACAACAGCUUAUUACUGGAAUGGGAGGGAGUCCAGCCGCUGUCGGCACUGCGGCAACCUCUACCACCUCUACGUCAGUUGCUUCCGGAGCACUAGUCUCAACAAGCACUACUACUAAUGUCGCCAACACUGGUUUGUUACCUACUAUUAUGUCCACCCCACAGAUGGUUUCCGGCUCAGUUGACUCUGGCUCGGUAGUGUCGCCAUUGGUAAGCGGAGCGAGCACUUCUCAGGUCAUCGCCUGUCUCAACGCGGUUGGUGUUGGCACAAGUGGUGGAAUCAUGACUUCUGCCGUAUCAUCGACUCCAGUUGCCACUAGUCUCACUUCGGCCCUAGUUCCAUUAAAUCAACAGCAACAGCAACAAACUAUCAUUGAUUCCAAAAAUCAACCGAAACGUUUACACGUUUCGAAUAUUCCAUUUCGAUUCCGUGAUCCUGACCUACGCGCUAUGUUUGGGCAAUUUGGAACUAUAUUGGAUGUGGAAAUCAUUUUCAAUGAACGCGGCAGUAAGGGCUUUGGCUUUGUAACGUUCGCAAAUAGCAACGACGCUGAACGAGCUCGCGAACGUCUUCACGGCACUGUGGUUGAGGGACGUAAAAUCGAGGUGAAUAACGCUACAGCUCGAGUACAAACCAAAAAAGUAACUGCUGUUCCAAAUGUUGUACUGACAAAAGACGGUGCCGUACCGGCCCCAGCUCUAGUGUGUGUUCAAUGGCCGGAAGCCACUGUAGCAGCCGCUGCCGCCAUGCGAGGCGUAGCAAUCCAUCGCGGUCAUAUGGGAGUUGUAGGUGGGCCAUUCAACCCCGCUUUGGCCGCUGUUGCUGUAGCCGCACAGCAGCAACAACAUCACCACCACCAUCAUCAGGCACACCAUCAUCCACAUCAUGCGCAACAAACCGCACACCACCAAUUAGGAUUGCAACAGGCAUUGCAAGUGCAAUCAGCAGGCGGGACCAACCAAGCUCACGCAGUUGCUGCGAUUCAGACCAGCGCUGCUCAACAACAACUGCAUUCAAUAGCUCAUUCAGCGGCCGCUGCAGCCAACACGCCCCAGGUAGCCAACGCCGCUGCUGCUGCUUAUGCUGCACGUUUGGGUGCUACAGGUGCAGCCACUCAAUCACCAUCCGCUGCAGCUGCUGCAUCCAUAGCCGCCGCGGCAAAUGCAGCAGCUGCAGUCAAUGCGGCUGGUACCGCUUUACACGGAUUCACACCCGUCUACUACGAUCCCUUCCUAGCAGCUGCUGCAGCUUCCGCUGAUCCGAAUCUGCGAUUCCAGGCAGCCAAACCGGUCGCAGAAGUUCCAGCCGCACAGCCAGCAGCCAUAUUAAAUCGCCGCACUGUGACAACGCUAAACAGUUCCCCACAUACGAUCAACCGCAUUCCGGUACCACAAAACGUUUUGGCUACAGCUCCGCUUCUAAAGACUCCACUGUCACAAGCACAGCAGGCGUACGCAACAGCCGCCACCACAUACACAGCGGUGGCCGCUAGGGCGGCAUAUGGCGCUGCAGCCGCCGCUGCACAGCCGGCUUUAGCCGGUUACGCUACUGUUGCUGGAUAUGCAACAAGAGAGUAUGCGGACCCCUAUUUAGGACAUGGAAUCGGACCAGUGCCCGGCUAUGGUGCAACUAUGUAUCGUGGUGGAUUCAAUCGAUUUGCACCUUAUUAGUGAGAGAAAUGGACAAUGCAAUGUACCAAUGGCUGCUGACUGCAAGUCAACUCAGCUAUACUCAACUUUUGCAAAUCCGGUCACACAAUUUUGCACAUCAUGUGGAACCAAAUUAAAGAUUAUUAUAUAAGAAAAGAGAUUUUAUGUUACAUUAAGAAGAAUAUGAAAUCGUCGAAAUGCUCAAGAAAUAUUACAAUUUUUAAUUAGCAACCAAAAAUACUCAUGCAAAGCGUAAAAACAAUGAGAUUAAAUCAAAUAUUCAGUGUAUAACAAAGCAAAUAUAAUAGGAAAAAGAGUUGAAGAUUAGCACAUAUACAUGCAUAUAAGAUAAAGGUAUUGAGCCAAAAAAAUACCAACAAUUUAAAAAUUUAAUAAAAGAAAAGCGUAGUUGUUAAAUUGAAUGUCGUCCAACCAAUAUUUAAAAAUACGAUAAAUACGUACAUACAUACAUACAAAUACUAGUAAGUGAGAAAACAUAAGCCAAAACAUGAAUUCAAAUUAAUGUCCAAAAGCAAACAAAAACAUAAUAUCUGGUAUUGUUGAAAUUGUUUAGCCGAUUAUCAUUUAUUUGAUUAGUUGGUGAAUUAUGGACACCAUAGAAAAUAUUCAUAAAAAUCAAAGUCAUAAAAAUCAAAGUCAUUCUUUCUUUAAUUUGUGCAUAAAAGCAUGCGUUGCUUUAGUGUAUUCAAAUUAUAAUGAGAAAUGUUUGCUAUUAUGCAGCACAGAUAUUCAUUAGUUUAUACAUAUAGUACACAUGCGAUAAAUAUCAAAUGUAAAUUUAUAAAAUUUGAAGUUAUUCAAAUUUACUUUUACUACACCAUCUAAAUUCAUAAAAGCAACAUUUUAAAACUAAUUAUAAUAUAUUUAAAGACCAUGAUGAUUUUUUUUUUAACCGGAUUGUACUUCAUAUAAAUCGAAGUAUGACACAUUGUCAUUUAAACUAUUUUCCUUCAACGCUUACUCAUUCACAUUGGCAGCUUAUUUCCCAGUAAUUGCUUUAUUCAAAUAUCUAUUUGAAUUGGUCAAGAAGCAAAUUUAUUGGUAUAAAAUAAUCGACACUUGAACAUAUCCUAAUUAGAAAAUAGAUAAUUUGAAUAUUAUAAUAAUGAAAACUUUCUCUCUUAAAUAUACAUAUAUUCAAAGUCUUGAAUAUUAUUGCAAAAAAGUGUUGUAUUUACUUGUGAUAAAAAUACAAAGGAGUGAAUAUCCGAAAAUCACUUCCAUUAUAAUUUAAUUUUCCAAACAACUGUACUCCGAUAUGCAAUCAAAUACCUUCCUGAAACAAUUUAAAAAUCGCCCAUGAUGGAGUUGUUAAAAAGUAUUUGGUCAAGAAAUAACAACUUAAGUAAAAAUUUAUAUAAUGUUAUUUAAAUGUUCACGAAUGCAGCUAUGAUAUCACAAAUUUUGAGAGAUCAAUUAUAUUUUUUGUUUUUGAAUUUACAAAAUAGGGUUCUAAAAAAAUCGAACCAAAUUAUUGUAUGCAUUGUAUGCAUUUUAAUAAGUGUGUUUGUGCUUUGCUUUCGCACCAUUUAAAUAAAUAUCCGAACUCUUCCGAUACAUCGCUGAAGGACACUCAAAGUGAAUUAAAUUUGCUCAAAUUAUUUUCAUACAAAAUAUAUAAAUAACAUAUAGUAUACUCUAUUGUAUCCCUUAGAUUUGACUUGGGAUAUUUACAUGUCAAAGUAGCGUUUAUGUAAGUAUACAUAUAAUCUGUUGUAUAACAUUUUUUUUUGUGUUUGCUUUUUGACAUUGUGCAGUCGUCAUAUCAGGCUGUAAAUGUAAAGCUUUUGGCACACAAAAUGAUUUUAAAAGGUCAAAUUGAAACGAAAAAACAAACAGAUUAAAUGCACAAGUAGGAUCAAAAUAUAUGCAUACAAAACUUCUCUGCAAUUUAUUUUAAUUAUAAAGUGAAAGAAUACAUGCAUCAAUAUAUUAUAUGAGUAACAAAUUUGUACAAGUAUAUUUUAAGAGUUGAACAAUUUAAAUGACCAAAAAUAAAAUUUAGAAGUAUCUAAAAGUAUUUAUGAAUCACGCAAAAAUUCGCGCAAAUUACUAGUAUUAAGUGAUUUUUAUGGAUUAUUAUGAAUGGCGAUACACAUGUAACACUAUUUACACACACAUGUCAUCUGAACAAAUAUCUAGAUAAACCAGCUCGCAACAACGUUUAUUAAGUAACGCCAAGUUAAAAAAACUAAGAUCCAUAAACGUAAAAAUAUCAUUGAAAUUAUUUUUACUACGAAUAUUUUAUUUUAUUUUUAUAAAUUAUUUUACUUGAAGCCAAAGUCUAAUAUUUUAGUUAAACCUUCUAUAUGAUUAGUUUGUAGUGUGAUUACUUUAGUAUUUAUUUUUAAAUGUUUUAAAAUUGAAUAAUGAAUUUUCAAAUGCACAUUAUCAGCGAAUGCAAUGCAUUCAAAAAAUUCUCAAUUCAAUUCACAAAUUUGUUCUAUAUUUAAAUAGUAAUUGAAAUAUAAUAUAUAUACAAUCGCAAGAAUUAUGUUGCAUAAUGUUACAUAUACAUACAUAUGUCUGUAUAUGAAUGCAUUAAAAGUUAAAUCAAAUCCAUUUAUUGCCAAAUAAAUAGCUUUUAAUUGAAAACACUAAGUAAACAAAGAUGAAAAAAUGAGAAUCUGAGAAGUCCCAAUAGCAAUCAAUUUAAAAAUUAUACGUAAAAAAUGAAAUCUUUGCAAUUUUUUUACACGUGCACAUUGGUAAUUUUAUCAAUAGGCGUUCGAAACGUUUGCUCUGCACAGUAACCUGAAAGCUUAAAUUUUAAUGUUUUGUCAUUUGGACCUUUAAUUGUUAUAUAUAAUUUUUUUUUUAAACUGUUAUACGGGGCUAGAAAUAUUUAUCAAUGAGCAUUCUCGUCAUUAUUUGUAAGAUUUUUCACCAUCACAAUCGAUUCAAUCUUUAUGCAAUUAUUCUUUUCAAGAAUUAUUAGUAACAAACAAAUUGAAUAAUAUUUCAGAAUUCUGUUGAAAAGUUGCACAUCACCGUUUUAAAACAAAAUUAAACAAAUUGAAACCUCUAACUAGCUCUAAGACAAAUUUUAAGUAUCUAAGCAAGUAUUGAUUGCAAUACAUACAUACUGUUUUAAAAUACAAAUACACAAAUUCAAGCUAUGAUUGAAACAUCAUGAAAAUAAAAAAAGCUCAAAAUUAUUAUAAGAAGAUCGUAUGAAAAUAAAAGUAAAUAUAAUACUCACGUAGGCAUACCAUUAGAAGGUAAUCCAAAAAAUGUUGAUUUUCAAGUGAUUUUAAUUGAUAAUAAUUAAAUUGAAUCACGAAGGUAAAUAUUUUGUAGUAAAAAGUGCAAAAUCAUGCUAUAAAAUUAUUAAAGAGAACAUCGUCUAAAACAAUACGAUGAACGAGUAUAUAAAUUAAUGUAUAGAAUUGUGGAAAUUACUAAAUGUUAGAUCAAAAAACAAAUGUGCUGGAUUAAGAAUGUUUGUUCAACAUUUUAUUAAAAUAGUAGAUUACGAUUGCAAGCAUAUUAAAAAUAUGGAAAAUUAAUAAUAAUAAAUUUAGAGCGUAAAAUGUGCCAAAUUGUAUAAAAUGUUAUAAUAUAUUGUACUUCUUCAUAUCUAUUGUGUCCCUAUAGCUGUAUUAAUCGGCUGAAAAACAUUGAAAGAGCAAUUUUACUUUUGCAAUUACUCCACUAUUGUCAGAAUGUAUUCGAAAGUAAAUUUAAUUUCUUUUAUUAAGUUCUUAUAAUUUUCAUAUCUACUCUUAUUAAACUUAUUUCAAGCAUAUGAAAAACGCAUAUUAUAUUAUUUGAAUUAAACUCCUUAUAAAAUAA